UCAAAGCCCUUCCGAUCAAAACAGUCCUCCAUUGACCAUUGAAAAAUAUUGGACGGAACACCUUGACUAUAUUCCAGCAAGUCUUCAUCUCAGAGCGGUUGUUCGGAGGGAUUGAUUGAAAAUGGACGAGUGUGCUGAAGAGGCUUCUAGUAGUGUGCGCUUCUCGGCCUCUCUGGCGAGGGGUUCCGUCAACAGUGGUGCUCAGUCAUUUGCAAAUGAUGAAUCCGAAGCUGCUGAAGCCGUUGCAGGAGAAAAGGAUAUCCAGAAUGCGUUUGAAGUGAACCUUCAUGAUCUGGAGAGUCAGCAGCCAUUGCAUUCGAGCACCACUGCUGAAGAGCCUCCAAAGAGGGGAUCUCUUGACGUCCCGACCCUUCACACAACCAAUGAAAGCCGACCCAAUGUUAUGAAAGAGGAACCGCAAAAGUCGGCAGACGAGGAAGAAGUACAAGACUCAGUGAGAGACCUUCCAGCUACACGACGCAGUACGUUCGGAAAGAACAUGCAAAUCCCACUGCCUCCCCUCAAUAUCUGUAUUCUUGUGUGUGGCACCCAUGGAGAUGUUCUGCCAUUUUGCAGCUUGGCACACACCCUACAAGAGCUGGGACAUCGAGUACGAAUUGCCACACAUGAAGUUCACAGAAAUAUUGUCCUCAAUAACAACAUUGAGUUCUAUCCAUUGGCAGGUGAUCCAAAACAACUCUCUGCUUGGAUGGUUGAAACAGGUGGGACCAUGCUGGGAGAAGCAAUGAAUCCCGGAUUGUUGCCGGCCAAAACAAAAAUGGUCAAGGAAAUCAUGGUAUCAUGCUGGCCAGCCGUCACUGAGCCAGAUCCCCAAGAUGAUGACUUGAAACCCUUUGUUGCGGAUGCCAUCAUAAGCAAUCCUCCAACCACGGGUCACAUCCAUGUGGCCGAAGCCCUCGGGGCUCCUCUUCACAUCAUGUUCCCUCAGCCAUGGUUCUAUGGAACUACCGAAUUCCCUCAUCCAAUGGCGGGACUCAAGUACUUAAAAGGUGGAAUUGGAAAUAUGGAAUCAUAUCGAACGUUUGAAAUCUUGACCGUCAGUGCGUUUGGGCCAGCUAUCAAUUCAUGGAGACAAAACACUUUGCAGCUAAAAAGACUCAAUUUUCUGGGUGGAAUCUCUGCCGCCAUUGUCGACAGUAAAAUCCCCUUUAGCGCCAUGUGGUCGCCUAGUUUUGUUCCGAAACCAGCCGAUUGGCCCGAACAAUGUCGUGUAGUAGGAACCUUUACUGCCAACAAGAAGAAACCACUGACGGUGGGUGACAGCCACUACCCCGAAUUCAUGGAAUGGUACAACCAAAGAGAAAACGACAAACCUAUCUUCAUUGGUUUUGGAUCAAUGGUUAUCAAGGAUACCAAAAACUUGUCGACCAUGAUCAUGGAUGCUGCAAAAAAAGUACAGGUUCGAGUGGUAGUCCAGUCCAACUGGUCCAAGCUGGAAACAAGUGAGGAGCCAUUAUGUUUUGACAUUGGAGGAUGCCCUCAUGAUUGGCUGUUGCCCAAAUGCUGUGCAGUGAUACACCACGGAGGAGCAGGGACAACUGCAGCAGGGCUUAAAUUUGCCUUGCCUACUUUUGUUUGUCCCUUUUUUGCAGAUCAGUUCAUGUGGGCCCAUAUGGUUCACAGAGCAAAAGUUGGACCAGAGCCAUGCCCUGUGCUGCAGCUGACUACUGAAAUCUUGGCACAAAAAUUUGAAGAGCUCACCAAUGAAGAGACCAAGAAAAAUGCUCUGGAACUCUCCGCCAAGAUGAAUGCUGAGAAUGGCGUCCAAGGAGGGCUUCAGCACUUCUUGGACUACCUUCCACGUGACAACCUGUGCAGUGACAUUGGGCUAAUCAUGGGAGAAAUCAGGAUUGGUCGUUUCCGUCUGAAGCAUAAAGAAGUCAAAGUCGACACUGAAGUAGCGUCUCGACUUGUGCCAAAGCCGCACCGAUACGAGUCCGUGAGUGAGUUCCUGAGGGCGAUCUCAAACCUUCCUUGUCGUAUGAUAGAAAGGAGACAGAAGCGAUGGCUACAGCGGCACGCAGUGAUGACGCAUGGUCUCGGUACUCCACGCACUAUGCUCGGGGGAAUUGGAGCUGGGUGUCUGGGUGCCAUAAGGCCAUUAGUCCUUAGUCCCUUCAUGCUCUACACCAAACCAGACAAGUACGCACGGUCUCACGGAGCUUUCGGUUGUUUGAUGGGUCUGCUUUUUGCUCCUAUCUUUAUCGUGAGUGCGAUUCUCUAUGGGUUAUUCGUCGUUUUCUGGGACAGAGUUCUUCUUGGUUUCCACAACGGCCUGAAUGGUCGAAGACUACUCUACGUUACAGACAGAAGAGCUCGGUUCAGGGUGUACUCUCCCAUGCCAAUCGUUGAGGAAUUGCGAGACUUACCAAGACCCGUCGGACCAAGAAGGGAUAAGAUCGACCUAGCGCUGGAGAUUGCGUCUGCCGCGAGCAAUGUCUUUGAAGCUGCUGGAGCCGCUCUGACCGAAGAUCACUGGCACUGGAAGGUGGCCUCGGCAAACGAGAUAAAACAGAGGUUGGUGCCUGGUCUCAAGAUUUUGACGCCAGAAGAACUCAAUGUCGUUUCUCGGUUACUGGACACCGAGGGGAAGCACCUCAUAAGUUUCAGCCGUCUCUGCCUGUUCAUUGGAAAAGCAACAAAGUAUCGGUUUGAACGCCGCGACUCGAUGUUAAGCCUGGUUGCAAGCUAUCGAGAAGUUUAUGGAACUCCCAUUCAUUCUAUUGACAGCCUGACAAAAAGGAAGUAAGGAUCGAGCGCUCGUUCGCUCCUCUGUGAUUUGUGUUGAUGUGCUUGGUGUCUAGACAACGCUACGGGUAAAAGUUUCUGGCCAGCCACGCCGGUUACCAAUGGGUGUUGGGUUGGAAGUUGGCCUCGUUGCUACACGUACCAGGUACCUGUAGAUGCAGCUGCAACAACCUGGUACCGACUAGCUAGCCAGCUAGCCAGCUGGAUAUUUAUUGUACCGGUAGGGAAGCUCAUAGCUUAAAAUGUUUCCCGACAGUGGUACCGGAGAAUCUGCGUGAAACCCUAGCUAUGGGAACGGAAGUGGCCUCUUUGGUUGGUCAUUCCCACCGCGAGCACGAUUCCGCCAAAACACUUAUUGGCCAAACAGACAAAAUAAUGCCGAGUAACCCUGACUGACUUCUGGUGGCUCUUUCCCUACACAGGGUCCUCACGAAGGGGCUAAUAGAGGGCACCAUUUUCGUUCCUCUGCCAGGUAGUAUUCCAUUGGAUUUCAUUAUUUUACUAUGCUAUGAUCGUGUGCGCUUCAAGGUCAAUAGCAACCAGUCUCUCGGUCUUGGUCUUCUCGCCAAAGAUCUUUAUCAUGUUGCCAUCUUCAUUAUCAUCAUGACGAAAUCCAUAUUUGUUCUCCAAAGUGGGAAAAACACAUUGAUCCGUUCCGAAACAUUGUCCCCUGGCAGCGGAUCUCUUCCCAGCUGUAAGCCAAUAAACUUCAUCCAGCCAGACCACGACUCGGACACAAACAGGGGCGUGACCACCAACGAGCCCCAAACAGAAUCCAAUGCUAGACAUUUGGGCUGCAUGUCCCGCGGGUGCGUCUCCCCCCC